AUGGGAGGGGGGCGUGAGAACCCCCUCCCAGUGUGUGAGCGCUGCCAGCACUUUGUGGUGCGGUCGAGUGGGUUGUCCACUUGUGAACCGUGCCGCAAGGGCUGGCAGCUGCACGUGUCACUCCGAAGUGUGGUGCCUCCUGACCAGGACGAGUCCGCCGUGGUCUACCUGCAGAAGUGCUUCACGCUGCUAGAGGAGUGGAUCACCAAGAUCCGAGAGUUGGAAGCGAAGGACGGGCCAAAGUCGUCGAGUGGAGAGGAGCCAGCCAUGAGGGUUGCACCGCCCCGAAAAAAGCCGGCAGCCAGUGCAGAAGAGUUGAAGGUGGAUUCAUUCACCUACCUCCUUGAGCUCACGGCGGCACAACUUCGAUCUUUGGGGUUGGUGGAGCUAGCAUACGGUUACUACUAUGAUGGACUCGUGAAGGUGGCCGGCUAUAUCACAGGUUUGGGCCGUCAUCCUCACUACCUGGAGUUCAAAGUGACCGGAACUCAGACAGAGCGGCUUGUGGAAGCGUUGAGUGAGCCAUCGCGGAGGAUCAUGCAGUUGCACAUCUGCCCGAAGGAUUGCGCGCAUGCGGCGACGGGGGCCGACGUCUUGCAUGCCUCCGGUUUCUGGGAGGUUGGUGAGCGGAAGCUGCCAUGGCAUACAAUGUUUGAGGAGGUGAAGACAGCGCCCGAGGAGCCGGACGAGUUGGCCAAGUUGAGGGAGCACUAUGCCGCUCGUAGCAAAGCAGUGGCAGGGGAGAAAGAAUCUCCCAGUGAUGAGGAGGAGAAAGAAAAGAAGAAAAGAAAGAAGAAAAAGAAGGCGAAGGAGAAAGAGAAGAAGCCUGAUAAGGGCAAGUCAGACAAAGAAGGAAGUGAAGAGGCUGUGGUCGAUCGAGGCCAGAAAGGCUUGAAGAGCCUGUUUGGUGGGACCUGCUUGGACCGUCGAGUGGAGGAGCGAUCCAAGCUGAUGAGGAAAGCUCGGAAGCUUGGAAAGAAGGAGGGACGCAAAAGGAAGCAUUCCUCCAGUGACGAUUCUUCAUCCGGGAGUUCGACAUCAGAGGAGGAGGAUUUGGCAGAGACAGGCGAAGGGCUGUUUUCAGAGAAGAAGAGGGCUUUGCGUCUGACCCAGCGCUACCCAGGAUGUUUGGGGGCGCAGACGAUCGCUGGAAUGAAAGAAUCGCUAUUGACAAGUAGCGGUACGCUGCAUUCUUUGGAUCGGAAGUCCUUGCCCCCGCUCUACACGCAGUACUAUCGCAGUGAGCUGCACUCUUUGGUGUCGCCAUCAAUGGGCCAGGAGCUCCUUACAAUCAGCCAGACGGCUGACUUGCUUCUUCGUGGCCAUCCUGCACGGGCCGUUGACUUGUUAUCCCAAAGGUUCAAAGCAUUAGAACAACAAGCUCGUGGAGCGCAUUGGACAGUUGCGCGUCAGUUGGAAUUAGUGUCAGCUGACUCAGUUGGGCUCAGUCAAGGAGCUGAAGGUGCAGAAGCGGCUCGCCUGGCUCGAGAAGAAGCCAGGAAUCGGAGUGCUGUGCAGCGGCCGUACAACAUGGGGGGCAAAGACGCUGGCAAAGCAAAGAACAGACCUGAUACACCUGAGGGACGGGAGAAAGGAGACAAAGGAGGAAAAGGGAAAGGCAAAGGGAAAAAGAAAGACAAGCAAUGA